GUAACCCUCCCUGCCACGCACCGCGCAUGCGUUACACUCCGAGAUGUACAGAUACAGCAACAGCAGCAGCUUAGUGGGAGCCGGGUAGGGCGGCUGUCGCUAGGACACCUGGCUGGAGGAAGGUGAUACAGUGGGCGGACAGCCUGGACCCCAGGUGAUUGUUCCAUAUCUUGGAUUUAACCUCAUGAAGUUUUAAAUGCACAGUCAUAGCCUGCAUCCUCCAGCCCAUCAGCUAUUAUCUUAAAAGCUGAAGAAAGCCACAUAGUUCAAAGUUUGGAUUCCAGCAUUAGAGAUGGUCGUCACUGAGCUGCGUCAGAGCUGUAGGUGGCUUAUUUUGCCACAUACAUUAAUCACUUGGUCAUAAAAUAAUGAAAGUGAAACAACCCAAUGCAGCAGUUGUCAUAAUGCAGAAGUUUGGGAUCAGUGAGCAUCUUCGCAGUCCACUGGCACAGCUCAUUCUAGUCAACUCUCUGACAUGUGGCCUGGAGGUGUGUCUGGCAGCAGGCAUCACUUUUGUCCCACCUUUGCUGCUUGAAGCUGGAGUGGAGGAAAAAUUCAUGACCAUGGUCCUAGGUAUUGGCCCUAUCCUUGGUCUCUUAGUCGUGCAUUUAAUUGGCUCUGCCAGUGACCGUUGGAGCAGCAGAUAUGGUCGACGGCGACCCUUCAUCUGGCUUUUAUGUUUUGGAGUGAUGUUGAGCCUCAUUAUCAUCCCUUAUGCCAACCAUUUAGCCAGUUUAACAGGUCGUCAUCGUGACGGCGUGAAGGUAGCCUUCCUUGUGCUGGGUAUUGGGCUUUUAGACUCCUGUGGACAAGUGUGUUUCACUCCUGUGGAAGCUUUACUCUCUGAUCUCUUCCCAGAAGGAGAGUCCUGCAGAAAGGCAUUCUCAGUAUAUGCCUUGACUGUUGGAAUAGGUGCAUGCGUUGGAUACUUAUUGCCUUCUGUUGACUGGAGUGGCAGCUGGCUGGCACAGCAGCUAGGUGGACAAGAACAAUGCCUCUUCGUACUUCUACUUAUUAUAUUUUCUGGAUGUGUUUUUGCCACAUUAUUUGUUUCUGAAGAGGUCAGGACAAGUGGCGGACAGUCAGACAUUUCUUUAGAGCACACAGGUAUGGGCUGGGCUUGUCUAAGGACAUGCCAACUUUGGACUGUGCCACACAGAGUUUGGCGAAUGGCCUUAGCACUGCGCAGUGUUUGUACCUUGGUGUCACGAUUCAGGACGUUUAUAUACAGGGUUCCUGCAGCUCUGUCUCGCCUGUUUGUGGCCCAGCUAUGCUCCUGGAUGGGUCUUAUGACAAUUACACUGUUUUACACUGAUUUUGUUGGAGAAGGAAUAUAUCGUGGUGUGCCAGUAGCAGAGCCAGGUACAGAGGCUAGACUUCGGUAUGAUGAAGGAGUCAGGAUGGGAAGUUUUGGCCUUUUCCUUCAAUCUGUAACAUCAAUAAUAAUUUCCUCCUCUAUGGAUCACCUGGUAAAGAUAUUUGGAACCCGGUGUGUGUACGUGACUGGUGUCUCCUGCCUACCUGUUUCUGCAAUUAUUAUGUGCUUUUCCGAUAAUGUUAUUAUGAUAACAGCAUCGGCUGCCAUGACAGGCAUCCCAUUCUCUGUGCUGCAGAUCCUGCCAUACACUCUCACCUCACUGUAUCACCAUAACCGGCAGGUCUUUCUUCCAAAAUAUAAGGACAAGGCUGAAGAGGAGAUACAGGAAAAAGAGCGUAAGUCUGGAUUCAUCAAAGAGACCCCAAACAGCAAACCAAACAGUGGUGUCCAAUUGUUCUCCUCACAUUCCUCAUCUCUGUGUCUUGGUCCUUCUUGUGAUGGCUCUGUCAUGAUCGGAGAGCCUACCGUCCCAAGCAAUGGUAUCUGCCUGGAUAUGGCCAUCCUUGACAGUGCCUGUCUGUUGUCACAGGUGGUCCCCUCCCUAGUCUUGGGCUUCAUUGUACAAAUGACACACACAGUCACUGCCUACGUAGUAUCAGCUGCAGCUUUUGGGUUAAUUGCUAUAUAUUUUUCCACUAAAGUUGUAUUUGACAAAAGUGAUAUGGUGAAAACAAAUCCUGUAUAGGGGACGCUUGAAAAGUGUUAGUGUCUGAUAGAAUGUAAAUUAUUUAUGGUAUAAAUGAAAGAGGGAUAUUUUAAAAUCACACUCUAUUUUAAGGGAAAAUUAUGUUUUUUAUGUGGAUAUUUUAGAUGUUUUUACAUUUAUAAUGAUCGAGCCAAUAAUUUAUACGACCUCUAUAAAUCAUCUACAUCAUUUUACAUGGGUGUAUUUUGAUUGUAGGCAGUACAAGGCCUGUUCAAGUUUGUGAAUCAGUAGUAAUAUAAAUGUAUAAUUGCCUGAUGUAUUUUUGCAAGACCUUGAAGGAUUUAUUUUAGAUGGACACUUACUGCACUCCAGUGUUUCAAAUAUCAAUACAUAUGUUGCUUAUUAAAGUAGGACAGACAAAGACACACACACUGAAAGAAACUGUUCAAACGAAAACAUUUUAGUGCCUUAAAUACAGGUUAGGAAACAAUUUGAAGUAUUUACAAGAGAAAUAAACAUUUAGAACUAUAUUAAUCUUAU